CUGAACGACUCUCAAAAUCAUAUAAAACGUGAAGCUUCUCUCUAUAUUCUUCUUCCAUCAGAUUCACUCUUCUUUUAUCUACGUAUCUCUCUUUCUAUGGCUCUUGUUAGAGAACGUCGUCAGCUCAACCUCCGUCUCCCUCUCCCUCCCAUCUCCGACCGCCGCUUCUCCCUCCCCUCCAUCACCACCGCUGCCACCUCAACCGUCCUCUCUAACUCCAUCUCCGCCGCCGAUCUCGAGAAACUCAACGUCCUCGGAUGCGGAAACAGCGGGACUGUUUACAAAGUCCGCCACAAGAACACUCUCUACGCUCUGAAAACAGUCAACGGCGACAUGGACCCGAUCCUAACGAGACAACUAAUGCGAGAGAUGGAGAUACUCCGCCGCACGGACUCUCCUCACGUCGUAAAGUGUCACGGAAUCUUCGAGAAACCAGUCGUCGGCGAAGUAUCGAUUCUGAUGGAGUACAUGGACGGCGGGACUCUAGAGUCUCUCCGCGGCGCCGUGACGGAGCAGCGCCUCGCGGGGUUCGCUAGACAGAUCUUGAAAGGUCUGAGUUACUUGCACGGUCUGAAGAUCGUACAUAGAGACAUAAAGCCUGCGAAUCUGCUGCUUAACUCGAAGGACGAGGUUAAGAUCGCUGACUUUGGAGUCAGCAAGAUCUUGGUCCGGUCGUUGGAUUCUUGCAACUCGUAUGUCGGGACGUGUGCUUAUAUGAGUCCGGAGAGGUUUGACUCGGGAGGAGGAAGCUCUGAUGUAUACGCUGGAGAUAUUUGGAGUUUUGGAUUGAUGAUGUUGGAGCUUUUAGUUGGGCACUUUCCGUUAUUACCGCCGGGACAGAGACCAGACUGGGCGACGCUGAUGUGUGCAGUGUGUUUUGGAGAACCGCCGCGAGCGCCGGAAGGAUGCUCGGAAGAGUUUAGGAGCUUUGUUGAUUGUUGUUUACGUAAAGAUUCUACUAAGAGAUGGACGGCGUCGCAGCUUCUUGGCCACCCUUUUCUCCGGGAAGAGCUUUGAUUUCCAGUUUCGUUUGUUAAAUUAAAAUUAAUUUAUUUUUGUAGAAUUUUGUACAUAUAAUAUAUUAUACUCUGGAUAAAAUGAGAGAUUUGUAAGAAUCCUAACAUUGGCAUUGUAAUAUCAUCCGUCAAUGAUAAAACUAUUUCUUCAAUC